UCCUCUUCCUCCUCCUCCUCCUCCUCAGCCAUGCCGCUUGUAUUCCGCACGCUGCUGUUCGGCUUUGUAACGCUGCUGGUUGUGCUUUUGAUAAUUGAUGAUAUUGCACAAGUGGAAGAGGAAGAAGAAACUGCAAAUAUCGGACAUUCAAAGAAGAUGAACUUACAUCGGCUCAUCCCCAAACCGCACAGAAAGGCUGCAGCGCCUGUGGAUCCCACUGCUUUACCAAGACCGAGCACACACACAGAUCGCCGUCGUCCAAGCAACAACACCACCGUCAAACACUCGCCAAACAGCUGGACCUUCAAUAAGACCCUCUCCAACCUCAUCAGGAAGAAUAUUCUGAGAUUCCUCGACCCCGAGAGAGAUAUCUCGAUUCUGAAGGGAACGCUCAAACCGGGAGAUAUCAUCCACUAUGUUUUUGAUCGCCACAGCACCACAAACAUCUCAGAAAAUCUCUACCGUCUCUUGCCAACUGUAUCCCCCAUGAAGAACCAACAUCACAGGCGCUGUGCCAUUGUGGGCAACUCUGGGAUUCUGCUCAACAGCAGCUGUGGACUGGAGAUCGACUCUCAUGACUUUGUUAUCAGGUGCAACCUGGCGCCGGUGGAGGACUACUCUCGGGAUGUUGGCCGGCAGACCAACCUGGUGACCAUGAACCCCUCGGUGGUGCAGCGGGCCUUCCAGGACCUGGUCAACGAGGAGUGGACGGAGCGCUUCUUGCAGCGUCUCCGGAGCCUCAGCGGCAGCGUGCUGUGGAUCCCGGCCUUCAUGGCUAAAGGUGGAGAGGAGCGGGUGGAGUGGGCCCUUCGUCUCAUCCUGCUGCACACCGUGGACAUUCGCACCGCCUUCCCAUCGCUGCGCCUCCUCCACGCCGUCAGAGGGUACUGGCUGACCAACAACGUCCACAUAAAACGCCCGACCACCGGCCUCCUCAUGUACACCAUGGCCACCCGUUUCUGCGAGGAGAUCCACCUUUACGGCUUCUGGCCCUUCCCUCUCGACCCGCACGGCAACCCGGUGAAAUACCACUACUACGACACCCUGAAGUACGAGUACACCUCCAGCUCCAGCCCUCACACCAUGCCCCUGGAGUUCAGGACCUUGAGCACGUUGCACAGACAGGGGGCGCUGCGGCUCCACACUGGGACCUGCGAUGUGGUGCAGAAACUACAGGAGGAUCUUCAGAGCAAAUAGUCAGAUGGGAGAUCUCCAUGGAAACACCACUCCUGACUGAACACUUUUUUUCUUGUUACUACUACUUUUGUGAAACUUAUUUUCAGGAACUGGGAUGAACAUUUCCUCACUUGGUCGGUACGUUUUACCUUCAGUGGGAUUCCGUUCAAACGGUGAGACCAUUCUUUACAAUAUUAGUAAUGGGACAGCAGUUAAUGCUCCCAGCUUAUGAUAUGAUAGGGCUCCAUUAAGGCUGCGUGGUGAAUUAUGCAGCUUGUCGACAGCAUGAAGGGCUGCUGAAUUAAUGAUGUGAAUGCAAGUCGCUGGUUGGGCCACAAGAUGGAAGCACUUAAUAAUCAGGGAGAACGGUGAUGAAAGAAAGAAGCUGACCAACAUUUGUUUUUAAACUGAGGAACACUUUUUUGGAUCUUCUAAAAGACUUGUUCAACUUGCGAUAACAUUUCUUCUGAUAGAGGACGUUUUAUGCUUUUUGUAGCUUCUUAUAAAGUACCUUCAUUGGUGUUAGAGCAGGUAACUCACAAGCAAAAAUUCAAAAAAUGCCCAGUGAAACCUCGUGACAGUCGGGUCACCUUGAGAACCAAACCAAGGAGUGGAAGCACGUUGAGUCGAGUUCAACGGCUGUGGAGAUAAAGGAGUGUGCCAGCUGUUCACAUAUGAAUGUUUACCUAGACGUAGCCUACAGUAAACUCACUUUGUAAACUUUCUUUCAAAAAGCACCAGCCCUGUUUCUGCACUGCAAAUGUCAGGCUGUAGUCGUACGAUGGUGUUAAGAAAGCAUUUUGCUUUUUUAAAAAAAUGAAUGUAUUUGUACUAAAGGAGCCCCAUAAUGUGCUUUAAAUUAAUUCCUAGUCACAAUUAUCAACAGUUUUGGUGCAAUAACACUGAGAGGAGGAAGAGCUGGAAACUUGUAUGCCUUUAUUCACUUGAAAUGAUGUUUGAAUUACACUUGUACAGCGUGUUUGGAUUAGUAUUUAACCACUACAGUAGGACGAUACAGAUAUUUGUGGAUGUAAUUGAAGCUGCCACUAUUUUGUGCCUAUAAUCAAUGAUUUUUUUUUCCAUUUAAAAGUGGACCAUUCACAUGCUCACAAGUGAAAAUGUUGAGGGUUCACCUAAGUUAUUCUUCACAGUGUGAGGAAGAUCGAAAAACUGAUUGUCUUAACAGCAACCUCCCUGAAACCUGGCUAUGAAUUUAUACACAAACAGCAUGUGCAAAAAAUUCUGUUUUAUUUUUGGCCUGCAGACUUGUUUUUAAGUAGCUGUUGUCAGGAAAAAUGUCUUUAAUUUAAAAGCCAAUACCAGACUGAUCUUUCAAACCAAAACAUCUUAAUUGGAUUAUAUUUUUGUACCUCAAGCUCCACCUCGGUUAAAGUUGUUCUGACACUGGGCUUCUCGCCAAAUGCUUUGGGUAUUUUUCUGCAACUAAAUGCCCCUGCGUUAACAAAAAUUACCAGAAGCAUUUGAAAUAUGCCAAAAGCUCUGCAGCUAAACAAGUAGCAUCUCAUGUGUUCCCAGCCAUGUGAUUUGUCCACAAAAGUGUUGUUUUGACAGGAUGCGAAUGUUGACUUGCAUGUUGGCCUUAUUAUGACGCCAAUUAAGUUAAGAAUAGACAUGAAAGUUCUAUUAGAGACGUCAGUAGUCUGAAGCAAUGAAAGGCUUAUUUGUCAAAGCUCGUCUGCGCUUGGCAAAAAUAGAAACAUUCUGUGGCCAACUUUAUUAAGUUAAUUAAACCAGAAAUCUGGAAUUCGCCACAGUUUGGAAACCUUUCUGACAUGUAGUUGCUGCUGUGAAGCUGUGUGGAUCGUGUUGUGUAGUUUGAUCUCAUGUUUUCUCAUAUGUACUGUAUGUUAACAUCUGUGUAAUGUCUAAAUUCUAGCAAACACAUAUUAGUUUUUGCAUGUCUGUCUUGUUUUAAUGGAUACAACUUGAGAAUAUUUUGAAUUUUGUUCUUGAAAUGUUCAGUCUGACUCAUGGACAUUUCAACCGUGCAGUUAUGACAAUGUGAAUGUACUUCUCAGUGGCAGAAAAUACACAAAAGAUGAAAAUGGGAAGGAAAAAAAAAAACACAUUUCCAACCUCUCUCUUAAAAUGAUUUAACACUUCAAAGGAAGCGGUUUUAUUUCAGUAGUGUUUCAAAGAAAUGGAAACUGAGGAAACAGCCAUGGGUACACAUAACAUCUGUGUCAGAAACCAAGCAGAGACUUGUUUUCCAUCGACUUCCACAACAGUUUGAACAUUCAGUGUUUUUUUGGUUUAAAUGUGGCAUUAGGGAAAUUAGCUACAGUCUUCACAGCUACCACAAUGACUUUGAUGUAUUUUACAAGAGUAACUUUCUGUAGCGGAUGAUUUUGUUCUAAUAAAAGUCCACAAUUAGCACUUUUA